AUGGACCAGGAGGAGGCUCCACCGCCCCCUUACUCCGCUGUCGAUCCGUUGCUUACACCCGCCAACAACCGAAACAACGACACUUCCCCGACUUCAGCCCCGCUUCAAGCCAGUGGAUCUUCCCAAGAUGCCAGUAGCUCGCGGGCGCCUGUUCAUCCGACGGUGCUGCCAUCGCACUUCACCUCUGCAGCCGCAUACUUCGAGCAACGCCCCCCAUCAGUCGUGGACGAAGGCCGGAGUCUUUUACAACAUCAUAUGACCGUCUACCCUAGAAGCCAAGCCAAAGACUUCCCACGACGACCACGCUGCUGGGCGUCUCGUUUUGACGAAACCACCCAGCAGGACUGGGAUACAUUUUUGCGGUAUCUUUUCCCACCUGAAUUGGGACUGGCUGCCUCCUCCCAGCACCUUCCGCGUCAAUUGCGCGCAGAGAUCCGACGAGACCGCAAGGAUCGACCACAAGAGACGGACGAGCAGCGCAGAGCUCGGAUUUCUGCUGCCGUUGGAGAGUGGAACGAAUGUUUCUUCCACUUCCGCGGUGCUCAUAUCGUUUUCAUCUACGUGGGGGAGCCUGAUUCCGCGCCGCCGUCUGCUCUUUGCCCCCGAUGUUAUCCAGCUGCGACCGGAUCCAUAGAGAGCUCGCCAUCUCGCCAUCCAAACACUCCGUCGCCUGUCCCUAGCCAGCACAAUCCUUCACCGACCCCUUGGCCGGUUUCUCCUUCUCCGUAUCACCACCCACAAGCCUAUGCACACCCACUUCCGUACGGGGCGCCCUAUGGCGCUCCUUUGUACCCUUCCCCCGUGUCCCCCAACCAGCCACCUCAAUACUAUCCUCACCCACAGCCCCAGAGAGCCUGGCAAUGGAAUAAUUGGGGGCAUGCACCACAGCAACAGCCGUAUCCCAGUAACGGCAGUUCCAAAGGUGGUUGGAUUUCUCAGCUUGCAUCGACGGCUCAGAAAUACGGCGAGCGCUUCAGUGAGCAAGCUCAGCAGUAUGGAGAUCAGAUAAGCGCACAAGCACAGCAUUAUGGGCGGCAAGUUGAGGAGCAGGCCCUCGCUCAUGGUCGUUGGAUUGAAGAGCAAGCAAGGCUUCAUGGUCGCAAAGAACCAAUGGCAACUCCUUACAGUUCUAAUUAUUACGGUCGACCAGCAUGGGAUAACUCACCUCGACCUUUGCCUGCGGCAACUGUUCCAGGAAAUCCUGUUCAAGCCCCAAGCCCUGUGGCUCCAGUACCCCCUCACACAACAAGCCCUCCUGAGGCACCCAAUCAGGAUAGCAGCAAGCCUAAACAUCUGGUCGAGCAGCCUCCUUCGGAAUUGGCUCCAUCCGAGCGGUCCCGCCGAGUAUCAGUGAGCUCCGUUUCAUCUGAAUCCUCGUUUAGCUCGAUUGAUUCAAUAUCCACGACAUCUGAUCUAGAUGUCUCGGACCUGGCCACAGUACGAACCCAGUUGGAGCUUCUAGACGAUCGUCACGACCGCACAUUGUAUGAUGCCGUCGUGGGUCUGCGUCAGCAGCUCACGGUCUUGCAGAAGACUCGUCGAGAGGCCAGAUUUCUAGGUAAAGAUAAUUGGAAAGCUGGCUUUGGUCAAAGCCAACUAAACAAGCAAGAAGCCGCAAGCAACGACUGGGGCCGCUGGGAAUCCCCCGAGCAGCAGCAGCGAAACUCGGUCGACAGACGCGCCAUGAAAGAUGAGAUGCGCACUACAAAAAAGGCAUUCCGGGAUGCCCUCCGCCGCGCUCGUGAAGAGCAGCGUGAACGGCGUCGCGCAAAUCGCCGCCAGGUUCGACAGGCGAGGGCAGGCGAUGUGCAGAAGGCAAAUAAAACACACGAUCAGCCCCUUGGUCAACAGCUCUCAAGCUUGCGGUUGGAUGAUUCUCAAUCCAAUCAGGCUCCCUCCCCACGGCCAUCUACUUCGAUACAAUCCAGCCCUGUUGAUUCAUAUGGCUCCAAUGUUGGCUUCGCGUUUGCUUCAAACCCGCCUUCUACCACCCAGGCAAACACGCAGGAACUCGCCUCUGGUGGUUCGACUUCAUCCAAGAAGUCGAAACCGGCUGAGACCACAAGCCGGCUCAAAGACAUACUGAAGUCAAAAAAGGUCAAGAAACAAAAGGAGGACGAUGCAGGAAACAAAUAA